UUCCCUCGGACUCUGACCACGCCGGGGUUCCGCCACCUGGGGGACGAGGACUCGGCGCGUGUUCCCCGUCAAGUUUUACACCCCGAGAUAUCUCGAUACCGAGUCCGCGGCGCGUCCUGGACGCCGGCCGGCGUCGCGCGGAAUGACCUUGCGAAUCGCGCUCAUCCCGCCGUCUCUCUGCUUUCCGUUGCAGUGGUCUACCAGAAGCGGUUAAAGAAGGAACGGAGAGCGAGGAAACGGCUGCAGGAGCAGCUGGACCUGGAAGUCAAGAGGCGCACACAACUGGAGGAGGCGCUCAAAGCCACGGGAGCAUCCUCCGAGCAAGUCAGAGCGAUCACAGAGAACGUCACGGCGGAAGCGCGCACGAGUUCGGAGCCACCGGAGGCUAGCCCGGUGCACUCGCAGUCGCAGCAGCAGUCCUCGCAGCAGCAGCCGCCGCAGCAACCCCUUCAGCAGCAACAGGCAGCGGCUCAGCAGUACCGGGAGGCGCAAGUGCCGCGUCCUUCCCAGCAACCGUCGACACCGGAGAAACCCACAUGGGGAUACGGGCUGGAUCUCAUUGGCAGCCAGGCGUCGGCCUUCUGGCAAAACUACCAAGAAUCGCUGGUGCAGGAACUCGAGCUGGAGAGAAAAUCGCGGCAGCACCAAGCGGCCGAGAGGGACCAAGUCAAGUCUCCUCUUCAAGAAUCGCGGACGGGUUACUACAAGAACUCCGUACUGUUCACGAGCGCGACCUAGAAGAGGCCGGACGAGGGCAGGCGAGGGCACGCGGAGCGUGCAGCGAACAGCCGGAGCGAGUGAUCGAUCGGGCGAAGAGGGCGCGACUCGAAUGCGAGGAGCCGGACCUACACACAACGAGAAACGACGAGAAUCUGCGGAUUCAAGCAACUAUCGUCACGAGAGAUGAUGCUCGAUCGCACCCGGUAGAUGACGGGGGUGGAGGGACGCACGGAUCGGCCGACGAGGACGACUCUCGUAGCUCCGAGUGACGACUGGACUCGCGCGAGUGUCCGCGGGGACUCACACAGGUCGGCGAAUGACAAUGCGAAUGAAUGCGCGCGCGAAUGACGUGAAACAGAGAGAUAGAUAGAUAGAUAGAUAG